UUUAGAAGCUCUGAAGAGGGGUUUUCUGAGGAAGCUGGACAAUCCAUCUACAAUGGGUUCUCCAGCCAUGGGACCAGUUUUGAAGAUGACUUGACACUUGGAGCAGAGGCCGUACUGCUGGCUGCUAAUGACAAACUCUUCUCCAGGAGUUUCCUCCAGACAUCCAGACCUUGCCAGCUACUUGAUCUUGGCUGUAGUUUGGCUUCCAGCUGCAUGACUGGAGGAACCAGCAAGACCAGUUCAAGCAUUUCAGAGAUUCUGGACCAGGUACAAGAAGACGCAGAAGACGUCCUCUUCAGUCUAGGCUUUGGCCAAGAGGACCACAAAGACACUACUCGUAUCCCUGCAAGAUUUUUCACCAACCCCUCUCAGGCCAAGGGCAUUGAUUUCCAGCUCUUCUUGAAGGCACAGGUGCAGAGGAUUGAGAUGGAGGACCCCUGCCUCAUGCUGGCCAGCAGGUUUAAACAGGUGCAAACACUGGCUGCGACUGCUGAUGCCUUCUUCUGUCUCUACUCCUAUGUGUCCAAGACACCUGUUCAAAAGUUCACACCAUCCCACAUGUUCUGGAAUUACAGCCCAACUGAUGUGCCAUCCAUCAGGAUUCUGGCCCCAGAGCCUGAACCCCACUCACCUAGAGAGCGCCUCCGGAAAGCUAUUUCCAAAAUGUGCCUGUACACAGGUUCCCGAGACCGGUUAUCUUCAUCCCACAACAUCCCCAAAAGGAACAGUUUGGACCAAGUGGUUUGGGAAGUGAUGGACAGAGUGAGAGGAGAGAAGCUGGUUCUCCAGCAAGACUCUGAGUUUGGGCAAGGCCCACAAGAAGAUACUGUGUCCCCCAUAGGAGACACACAGCUGCCCGCUUCUUCCUCUCCAUAUGCCCUUUGCCACAAAGUGGAAACAUGGCAAAGGACGUCCGCGGUUCUGACACAAUCACAAACUCUGGAUUCUAAUCCCAAAGCACUCUAUUGCACACAUUUUCUAACAAGAGCAGAUCCACAGUGGAGUAUAAACCCUGCACAGGUAAAAGAAGAGUUGUGUGGUCUACAAUCCUCCAACAAAGAAGCCCAUUCAGACAAGAAUGAGACUUUCUUGAAAAGAAAUAGCAAAGCAAGAAAGAGUCUGUUUCAAAAGAGUCCUCUGGAAAAGAAGGUUAAGUAACUAGACCUGUCCAUAAUCCAGCAAAAAUAGAAGAGCCCAGAUAGACCAGAACUGUGCUGAUCCCUAACCCACCAGCCUCAGGACACUUUUGACUCAGAGGAGGUAAGUAGGCUGGAGGUUAGGGAGAGGCUGGAAGAGAAAAGCUCUGAAUGCUUUGCCAAAGAUGUAGGAGUAGAGCCCUUGAGCAAAGGAGAUCUGGGUGUCCUAUCCUUGACAGAUAUACCACUUCAUGAAUUAAAUUCAGAAACUUGUGGGGAUGGAUUAAUAAAGAAGGAAAAGGAUAAACUGGCCUUGUUUCUUGGGAGUGUUCACAUUUCAAAGUUGCUUUUAUUAU